AUGACUAUUACAAAUAAUAUCCUCAUCACCGGCGGCGCCGGGUUCCUUGGGCCCAUGUUGGCCGCCAAACUCUCACAAGACCCCUCCAACCGAAUCUUCUUGACAGAUUUACAUGAACCCCCUACACCCAAAGGUCUUGCUGAUCCUGCAAGAUGCUGCUGUAUUGGCGCCGAUAUGACAAACUCCUCAGACAUCGACCGUUUACUCUCUCACGCUGCUGAUUGGCGCGCUAUCUUCAUCUUCCACGGCAUCAUGUCUGUUGGAUGCGAAGAGAACCCAGCCCUGUCUCAGCUCGUCAAUAUCAAUGCCACUCAGGCGUUACUCACAACCAUAUCUAAGCUGGGCAAUGGUUUCCGCAAGCCCAGAAUCGUGUACGCAUCGACACAAGCUGUGUACGGUCCACCUUACACUACUGGUGGGACCAUCACCGAUGAUACUCCUGCCACACCUAUUGGUGUUUACGGUACACACAAACUCAUCACCGAAAGCUUUGUCAAUGACAUGAACCGUCGUGGCCUAAUCGACGCAUUCAGUGUUCGUCUACCGACAGUCACUGUCCGCCCUGGAGCACCAAGUCGUUCAGCUGCGGCCUUUCUCAGCGGUAUGGUGCGUGAGCCCAUGGCAGGAUUGGAAUGCAUUGUGCCCCUGUCCAAUAGGAAUGCCAGACAAAUCAUCUGUAGCCCACGCAUCAUGAUCAACAAUCUCAUCGCUCUCAUCAAGGUUCCAGCUGACGCUAUGCCACCUCAUAUCCGCGCUAUUUAUAUGCCUGGUAUUUCAGUCACUCUAGGUGAAAUGUAUAAGGCUUUUGAGGCAGUGUGUGGUGCCGACAAAACAAGGUUUUUGCGUGAGGAGGAGGAUGUUGAGGCGGAGAGGUUGCUAAACAGUUGGCCACAGACAUCGGACUUUGGUAAUGCUAGGAGGAUUGGGCUGUCUUUUGAUGAUAGUUGCAAGCAGAUCUUUCAAGAAUAUGUUGACUCUUUAUAA